UCAUUUUCCCAAUCUGCGUCAGCGCAUGAUAUAGUUUGCAUUAAGCACACCACGGGUGGGGCUGGACCGACUAUGCAGAUUUCGCAGUGUCUCACUAUCUUGCGUAGUUGCGUAAGACGGUGAAAAAUCGGUAUUUUAAAUCACGGGUUUGGACUAUUCUCUAUCGCCACGCAGCAGAUAAUUGACCUCCACCCAGCAAGAAUCAGCUUAGUUUCUUCUCCAGAAGGUUUGGGUGUAAUCUUCAUUCUGGAAAAAAACAAAACAAAAUGGGUUCUUUGAAGCGCGACGGUGAAGUGGAGACCAUUGCGGGUGAAUCCAAGGAAGCAAUCCUAUACGUCAAUGGGAUCCGGAGGGUACUGCCUGAUGGUUUGGCCCACUUGACACUUCUUGAAUAUCUAAGAGAUGUUGGUCUGACUGGGACAAAGCUAGGUUGUGGCGAAGGUGGUUGUGGGGCAUGCACGGUCAUGGUCUCUUAUUUUGAUCACGAUUCAAAGAAAAGCAUGCAUCAUGCUAUUAAUGCAUGCUUGGCUCCUCUAUAUUCUGUAGAAGGGAUGCAUGUCAUUACAGUGGAAGGAGUUGGGAAUCUUAGACAUGGUUUGCAUCCGAUCCAGGAAUCAUUAGCCCGAGCUCAUGGCUCGCAAUGUGGCUUCUGUACUCCUGGUUUUGUUAUGUCCAUGUAUGCAUUGCUAAGAUCAUCUCAAGAACCACCUACUGAAGAGCAAAUUGAAGAAAGUCUUGCAGGAAAUUUAUGUCGAUGCACUGGUUAUAGACCAAUUAUGGAUGCAUUUCGAGUAUUUUCUAAAACUAAUGAUGCCUUGUACACUAGUGGAUCAUCAGAAGGGAAUGCUGGAUUUCUUUGUCCUUCAACCGGUAAGCCAUGUUCAUGUGGUUUGAAAGAUGGAAGCAACGAACAGAGCACUAAAUCUCAUGUAAAUUAUGGUGGUUGCUGGAGGCCAAAAUCAUAUAGUGAAAUUGACGGAACUGCAUACACGAAGAAAGAGCUCAUUUUCCCUCCUGAACUUCUGUUGAGAAAAAUGACAUAUUUGAGUUUGAGUGGAUCAAAUGGAUUAAAAUGGUAUAGACCCUUGAAACUUCAAGAAGUCUUAGAUCUUAAAGCAAGGUACCCAGCUGCAAAGUUAGUAGUCGGUAAUUCAGAGGUUGGGAUUGAAAUGAGACUUAAAAGAAUACAGUAUCCUGUGUUGAUCUCUGUUGCACACAUUCCUGAACUGAAUCAGUUAACCAUUGAAAAAGAUGGUUUAAUAAUAGGUGCUGCUGUUAAACUUACACAGCUUGUUAAAGUACUAAAAAAAGUAUCUAAUGAGCGAGAUCCAUAUGAAACAUCUUCAUGUAGAGCUCUUAUUGAGCAGAUAAAGUGGUUUGCUGGAACACAAAUACGAAAUGUUGCAUCAGUUGGUGGGAACAUCUGUACUGCCAGUCCAAUAUCAGACUUAAAUCCUCUUUGGAUGGCUGCUGGAGCAAAAUUUCAAAUCAUUGAUUGUAAAGGAAAUAUCAGGAGGACUAUGGCUGAAAAUUUCUUCCUGGGCUAUCGCAAAGUGGAUCUGGCAAGUAAUGAAAUUUUGCUAUCUGUGUUUUUACCUUGGAAUAGACCAUUUGAAUUUGUGAAAGAAUUCAAGCAAGCUCACAGGAGGGAUGAUGAUAUUGCAAUUGUCAAUGCGGGGAUGCGUGUUUUCCUUGAAAAAAAGAAUAAAAAUUGGGUUGUUUCAGAUGCAUCAAUUGUGUUUGGUGGGGUUGCUCCUCUUUCAUUGGCUGCAUCUAAAACAAGAGAAUUUUUAAUUGGGAAAAGUUGGAAUAAAGAGUUAUUGCAGGGUGCUUUGGAGCCCUUGAAGGAGGAAAUUGUGCUGAUGGAAAAUGCACCUGGUGGAAUGGUUGAAUUUCGAAAAUCAUUAACCCUUAGUUUCUUCUUCAAAUUUUUCUUGUGGGUUUGUCAUCAAAUGAGUGGAGAAAUCGUUGAGAGGGUGCAAUCAUCUUAUUUGUCAGCUAUAGAACCAUUUAACAGACCAUCCUUAAGUGCAAGUCAGGAUUUUGAGAUUAGGAAGCAUGGGACUUCUGUAGGCUCUUCUGAAGUUCAUCUUUCAUCAAGGCUUCAGGUUUCAGGGGAGGCAGAAUAUACUGAUGACAUUCCAAUGCCUCCAAAUAGUUUACAUGCUGCCCUCAUAUUGAGUAAAAAGCCUCAUGCACGGAUACUUUCAAUAGAUGAUUCAGAGGCCAAGACCUCACCUGGAUUGGCUGGAAUAUUUUAUGCCAAAGAUGUUCCAGGUAGCAAUAUGAUUGGACCAGUUAUAGAGGAUGAGGAACUUUUUGCAGCGGAAUAUGUUACUUGUGUAGGUCAGGCUAUUGGAGUGGUUGUUGCUGAUACUCAUGAAAAUGCAAAACAUGCUGCUGCAAAGGUUCGUGUGGAGUAUGAAGAUCUGCCUGCAAUUUUAUCCAUACAGGAUGCUGUCCGGGCUAACAGUUUCCAUCCAAAUACUGAAAGGUGCUUGAGGAAGGGAGAUGUUGAACAAUGUUUUCAAUCAGGUCAAUGUGAUAAGAUUAUAGAAGGAGAAGUUCAUAUUGGUGGUCAGGAACACUUUUACUUGGAGCCUCAUGGUACUCUAAUAUGGACGUUGGACGGGGGCAAUGAGGUGCACAUGAUCUCAUCUACGCAGGCUCCUCAGAAACAUCAGAAGUAUGUCUCUCAUGUUCUUGGUCUUCCAAUGUCUAAAGUGGUUUGUAAGACGAAAAGAAUUGGUGGUGGAUUUGGAGGCAAGGAGACUAGAUCGGCUUUCUUGGCUGCUGCAGCUGCUGUUCCAUCAUACUUGUUGAAUCGUCCAGUAAAAAUUAUAUUGGACCGGGAUGUGGACAUGAUGAUAACUGGGCAGAGGCAUAGCUUCCUUGGAAAGUAUAGGGUUGGUUUUACAAAUGACGGAAAAGUGCUUGCAUUGGAUCUUGAAAUCUACAAUAAUGCUGGAAAUUCACUUGAUUUAUCAUCUGCAAUACUUGAACGGGCUAUGUUCCAUUCAGAUAAUGUGUAUGAGAUACCAAAUGUUCAUCUUUCUGGAAGGGUUUGCUUCACUAAUUUUCCUAGUAAUACAGCUUUCAGAGGUUUCGGAGGUCCACAGGGUAUGCUGAUCACUGAAAAUUGGAUUGGAAGAAUUGCCUUGGAGGUUAAGAAAACUCCUGAAGAAAUCAGGGAGAUUAAUUUUCUGAGAGAAGGAGCAGUCUUACAUUAUGGUCAAAAAAUCGAAAAUUGUACCCUGGAACGCCUCUGGAAUGAAUUGAAGUUAUCGUGUGACUUUUCUAAUGCUUGUAAAGAAGUUGAAAAAUUCAAUCUUGGUAACCGGUGGAAGAAGCGAGGAAUUGCCAUGAUUCCAACAAAAUUUGGGAUAUCUUUCACAACGAAGUUUAUGAACCAGGCAGGUGCACUUGUUCAAGUCUACACGGAUGGAACAGUAUUGGUUACUCAUGGGGGUGUGGAGAUGGGGCAAGGCUUGCAUACAAAAAUUGCUCAGAUUGCAGCAUCUUCCUUUAAUAUUCCACUCAGCGCCGUUUUUAUAUCAGAGACUAGUACUGACAAGGUUCCCAAUGCAUCACCAACUGCGGCUUCUGCGAGCUCUGAUAUGUAUGGAGCUGCAGUUUUAGAUGCCUGUGAACAAAUAAAAGCAAGAAUGGAGCCUAUUGCAUCUAACCGUACUUUCAACUCUUUUGAGGAGCUCGUCAUUGCAUGCUAUCUGAAGAGAAUAGACCUCUCCGCUCAUGGAUUUUCCAUCGUUCCUGAUAUUGGCUUCGAUUGGAAAACUGGUCAAGGGACCCCGUUUAGGUACUUCACCUAUGGGGCUGCAUUUGCUGAAGUUGAAAUCGAUGCAUUAACCGGAGAUUUUCACACUAGGAGAGCAGAUGUUCUCUUGGACCUCGGCUUUUCUCUUAAUCCCGCAAUUGAUGUUGGACAGAUUGAGGGAGCAUUUGUACAAGGCUUGGGUUGGGUAGCUUUGGAAGAGCUGAAAUGGGGGGAUCCCGCACACAAAUGGAUUCCGUCUGGAUGCCUACUCACAUGUGGACCGGGAAACUACAAAAUUCCUUCCGUGAAUGAUGUCCCUUUCAAAUUCAACGUUUCGCUUCUAAAAGGUGCUCCAAAUCCGAAGGCCAUCCAUUCCUCCAAAGCUGUAGGGGAGCCGCCCUUCUUCCUCGCAUCGUCUGUAUUUUUCGCGAUCAAAGAUGCCAUUGCAUCCGCACGAGCUGACGCCGGCUAUAGCGGUUGGUUUCCUCUUGAUAAUCCGGCUACACCCGAGCGCAUACGCAUGGCUUGUCUGGACGAGUUUACGAAAGCGUUCAUCGACGCUGAUUAUAGGCCCAAGCUUAGUGUGUAAGUCUAUUUUUAGGAAAAUAUAGGGCUCAUAUUUCAGAAUUAUUGACAAUAAUAAAGGCUGUGUUGCCCAACAGAUGCAUUAGUCUACAAUUAUCUCACUUCUGAUAUGCUACACUGAACUUGUCAUGGAGGAAGGUUUGUAAUAUUUGAAUGCAAAAUGUAGCUUCUUUAGACUUCUGAGA